AUGCAGCGGCGCGGCGCGGGGCUCGGGUGGCCGCGGCAGCAGCAGCAACAACCCCCGCCGCCCGCGGUCGGUCCCCGGGCCGCAGCCAUGGCCCCCCCGAGCGGCAGCGUUCCCCCGGGCCUCGGCGGCCGCCCUGCCAGCGCGCUGCUCCUGUUCUGCUACCUGAACGUUAUGCCGUCUUUGGGCAGGCAGACUUCCCUGACGACGUCGGUGACCCCCAAAGCCGAGCAGAGCGUGGCUUACAAAGACUUUAUUUAUUUCACUGUCUUUGAAGGGAAUGUCCGCAAUGUUUCUGAAAUCUCGGUUGAGUAUUUAUGCUCUCAGCCUUGUGUUGUCAAUCUGGAAGCGGUUGUUUCAUCUGAGUUCAGAAGUAGCAUCCCUGUGUACAAAAAGAGGUGGAAGAAUGAGAAGCAUCUUCACACCAGCAGGACACAAAUAGUACAUGUGAAAUUUCCAAGCAUCAUGGUUUAUAGAGAUGAUUAUUUCAUCAGACACUCCAUUUCGGUAUCCGCGGUGAUACUACGCGCCUGGAUUACUCACAAAUACAGUGGCGGAGACUUGAAUGUUAAAUGGGAGGAAAAUUUGCUACAUGCUGUAGCGAAGAAUUAUACUCUGCUGAAGACGAUCCCGCCUUUCGAACGCCCUUUCAAAGAUCAUCAAGUGUGCCUUGAGUGGAACAUGGAUUACAUUUGGAACCUUUGGGCAAACAAGAUUCCCCAGUGUCCUCUUGAAAAUGAUGUGGUCACCCUCCUGGGCUUUCUCUAUGCCUCCAGUGGAGAAAACACAGGCAUUGUGAAGAAGGUCCCGAGGUUUCACAACCGAGAGCUGGAGGCCACCCGACGUCAGCGGAUAGAUUACCCCGUGUUUACUGUUUCAUUGUGGCUUUAUUUACUCCAUUAUUGCAAGGCCAAUCUCUGUGGGAUUCUGUACUUUGUUGAUUCUAAUGAGAUGUAUGGCACACCGUCUGUAUUCCUUACUGAAGAGGGCCACUUGCACAUUCAGAUGCAUCUUGUCAAAGGAGAAGAUCUUGCCGUGAAAACGAAAUUCACCAUGCCUCUGAAGGAGUGGUUUCGACUGGAUAUCUCUUUUAACGGAGGCCAGAUUGUAGUCACCACCAGCCUUGGACAGGAUUUGAAAAGCUACCAUAAUCAGACCAUUAGCUUCAGAGAGGAUUUCUAUUAUAAUGAUACUGCUGGAUACUUCAUUAUCGGAGGGAGCAGGUAUGUGGCCGGCAUUGAAGGGUUUUUUGGACCCCUGAAGUACUAUCGUCUCCACACUCUGCACCCUGCACAGAUCGUUAAUCCCCUCCUUGAGAAGCCACUUGCUGAACAGCUCAAAUUGUAUUAUGAAAGGUGUGCUGAGGUCCAAGAAAUAGUGUCUGUGUACGUAUCCACGGUGCAGCAAGGGGGCAGGCAACAAGAAGCAUGUGACUUCCAGAACUCCUACCUGGACCUGAAGCUCAGGUACGGGAGACCCUCCACGUGCAAAGCCUUCCCCUGGGAGAAGGAGCUGAAAGACCGGCACCCCAGCUUAUUCCAGGCCUUGCUGGAGAUGGGCUUGUGGACAGUGCCAAGGAACCAAAAUGAAUCUGUAUUAGAAAUCGGCGGGAGGAUAUUUGAGAAGGCUGUAAAGAGACUCUCCAGUGUUGAUGGUCUUCACCAAAUUAGCUCUGUAGUCCCCUUUCUGAUGGAUUCUAGCUGCUGUGGAUACCAUAAAGCAUCCUACUACCUCGCAGUCUUUUAUGAAACUGGAUUAAAUGUGCCUCGGGAUCAGCUGCAGGGCAUGUUGUACAGUUUGGUAGGAGGCCAGGGCAGUGAGAGGCUGUCUUCAAUGAAUCUUGGAUACAAACACUACCAGGGUAUUGACAACUACCCCCUGGACUGGGAGCUGUCCUAUGCCUACUACAGCAACAUUGCCACGAAGACACCCCUUGACCAGCACACGCUACAGGGAGAUCAGGCGUAUGUUGAAACAAUUAGACUGAAGGAUGAUGAAACGCUCAAGGUACAGACCAAAGAGGAUGGAGAUGUCUUUAUGUGGUUGAAGCAUGAAGCCACCCGAGGCAAUGCGGCAGCUCAGCAACGAUUGGCCCAGAUGCUGUUCUGGGGCCAGCAAGGUGUGGCCAAGAAUCCUGAGGCAGCGAUCGAGUGGUACGCCAAAGGCGCCCUGGAGACUGAGGACCCUGCGUUAAUAUAUGACUAUGCCAUUGUGUUGUUCAAGGGUCAAGGAGUGAAAAAGAACAGACGGCUUGCUUUGGAGCUGAUGAAGAAAGCGGCUUCCAAGGGAUUACAUCAGGCAGUCAAUGGCUUGGGAUGGUAUUACCACAAAUUCAAGAAAAAUUAUGCCAAAGCAGCAAAGUACUGGUUAAAAGCCGAAGAAAUGGGGAAUCCAGAUGCAUCGUACAAUCUUGGAGUCCUGUAUUUGGAUGGCAUUUUCCCAGGAAUUCCUGAAAGGAAUCAAACUUUAGCCGGUGAAUAUUUCCAUAAGGCUGCACAGGGUGGACACAUCGAAGGAACCUUGUGGUGUUCUCUCUAUUAUAUCACAGGAAACCUGGAGACAUUCCCUAGAGAUCCCGAGAAGGCUGUCGUAUGGGCAAAGCACGUAGCUGAGAAAAAUGGCUACUUGGGUCACGUCAUUCGCAAAGGCCUCAAUGCCUACCUGGAGGGCUCAUGGCACGAAGCUUUGCUGUAUUAUGUUUUAGCAGCAGAAACUGGAAUUGAAGUGUCACAGACAAAUUUAGCACACAUCUGUGAGGAGAGGCCAGACCUGGCCGAGAGAUACUUGGGUGUUAAUUGUGUUUGGAGAUACUAUAAUUUCUCUGUUUUUCAAAUCGGUGCUCCUUCAUUUGCAUAUUUGAAAAUGGGAGACCUUUACUACUAUGGCCACCAAAACCAGUCUCAAGACCUUGAGUUGUCCGUGCAGAUGUACGCUCAGGCAGCCCUGGAUGGAGACUCACAGGGUUUUUUUAACCUGGCUCUGCUCAUUGAGGAAGGUGCUAUAAUCCCACACCAUAUUUUGGAUUUCUUGGAAAUUGACCCAACUAUCCAUUCUAAUAACAUCUCCAUCCUCCAGGAACUGUAUGAAAGGUGCUGGAACCAGAGCAGCGAGGAGUCCUUCAGCCCCUGUUCCCUGGCCUGGCUUUACCUUCACCUGCGGCUCAUCUGGGGCGCCAUCUUGCGCUCUGCCCUGAUCUACUUUCUGGGAACCUUCCUACUGUCUGUACUGAUCGCCUGGACCAUGCAGUAUUUCCAGUCUGUUUCAGCCAGCGGUUCCCAUCCAACACCAGCCCGAGCCUCCGCAGACCCCACACCUCUCUCCACAAGUCCAGCUGUGACUCCAGCUACAGAUGCCUCUGUUCAGGACCAGCCCACCGUCUGUAAUAACGCAGAGCCUCGAGAGUAAACUGUGCACUCCAGGUCUCUCCCGAUGAGAGAGAACCCCGACAGCCGCUGGUAUUGGAAAGCUGGGGCUAGGGCAUUAUACUGAGAAACACAUUACAUGUCUUGUCAACUGGAUG